AUGUCCGCCGACAGGAAGAGCGCUCAGUAUGAGCGAGUGCCCGGGGAGGAGAAGGAGCAGGACGUGGUGGAGAUCAAGAAAGCGCUCGCGACUACUCCGUCGAAGGAGCAUAUAGCGCCCACCGGCAUUGCUUCGAUAGCGUGCUACUGCGUCGCAUCGAUCCUCAUGACGGUCGUGAAUAAAUAUGUGGUAUCCGGACGGCAGUUCAACAUGAACUUUCUGCUCCUUGCGAUACAGUCGUCGGUGUGCUGCGCAUGCGUGUUCGCGGUGAAGAGGGCGGGUAUCAUCUCCUUCCGCGACUUUUCGACGCAGGACGCGAAGGCGUGGUUUCCCGUUAGUUUUUUGCUCGUCAGUGUGAUAUAUACCGGAUCGAAGAGCUUGCAAUACCUCAACAUACCUGUCUAUACUAUCUUCAAGAACUUGACCAUCAUCCUCAUCGCCUAUGGCGAGGUCCUGUGGUUCGGCGGCCGAGUCACUGCCUUGACCUUCGUAUCCUUCAUUUUCAUGGUGUUCUCAUCAGUGAUAGCAGCAUGGUCAGACGUGACUACAGCCUCUGCGGAUAGUGCGAGCGAGGCGCUCCUGGAAUCUGAGAAGCUCUUCCAGGGCGCGACAUACGCCAGCGUCAUCCGCAACCUGAACGUCGGCUACUUCUGGAUGCUGCUCAACUGCAUCUCCUCUGCGGGAUAUGUCCUCAUCAUGCGGAAACGCAUCAAGGCGACAGGGUUCUCCGACUGGGACUCGAUGUUCUACAACAAUUUGCUCUCGAUCCCCGUCCUUGCGGUGUUCUCCAUCAUCGCUGAGGAUUGGGGCACGGAGAACUUGAUCAGGAACUUCCCGCCCGAAAGUCGCAAUAUCCUACUGUUUGCGAUCGCCUUUUCCGGUGCGGCCGCAGUGGGGAUCUCGUAUACCACAGCGUGGUGUAUUCGCGAGACGAGUAGUACGACGUACAGCAUGGUCGGCGCUCUGAACAAGCUGCCCGUCGCCGCAUCGGGCAUGAUCUUCUUUGGCGAUGCGGUCACGCUCGGAAGCGUGUCGGCGAUAGGCGUGGGCUUUUUCGCCGGGCUACUCUACGCGGUCGCGAAGAACAACCAAAAGAAGGCGGAGAGCGCAGCGGGCCGGGAUAAGGGCAUCAUCCCUCUCUCGAACAGAUCGAAGGAUUGA